CAAAGCGAGGGAUUAUUUCCUUCCUUCCCCGGGGAAACAAGAGCUCUCUCCCUCUCUCCUGCCGUCUGUCCAUAAAAUCGGAGAACCAUAUGCAGCAGAGUUCCUGGCUUUGGAUUCCAUGGAGUUGGCUCCCUUGUCUAUUGCUUCCUGCUCCAAGGAGCUCCAGGUCACCUAUCAGGAAUGGUUCUGCUUCGCCGAUUCAGAUGGUGACGGACGUGUCACCGGAAACGAUGCCUUGAAGUUCUUCACCAGGUCCAACUUGUCUCGGCAAGAUCUCAAGCAGGUGUGGGCAAUCGCUGAUAACAAAAGGCAGGGCUAUCUCGGUUUUCCGGAAUUUGUGACAGCAAUGCAGGUGAUUUCCUUGGCACAAGCUGGGCAUCCAAUCACACAGGAUCUCUUGGAUGCAAAAGUUGAUAUGGAAAAUUUGAAGCCACCUGCAAUGGAAGGUUUGGAGGCAAAACUAGCAAAAAAAAGGAACAAGUCAAAGACAAAUCAGCAUGACGGCGGUUCGUGGUUUUCUUCAAAAUCUAUCGAAAAGGAUAAAGCGAAAUCUUGGAGUAUGAGCACCCAAAGUUCGAAGUUACAGCCUUUUCCAACUGCAAAGGGUUCAUCAUCAGUUACAUCAGUUAUGGAUGGAUUGAAGAGGCUCUAUGUUAAGAAACUGAGGCCGUUAGAGGCUACUUAUCACUUCAAUGAUUUUGUGUCCCCCUUUCUGACUUCAAGUGACUUUGAUGCCAAGCCAAUGGUAAUGUUAUUGGGUCAAUACUCCACGGGGAAAACAACUUUCAUACAACACAUGCUUCGGAAUAGCUAUCCAGGAGCUCAAAUUGGGCCUGAGCCCACAACAGACCGAUUUGUUGUUGUUAUGUCGGGACCAGACGAGAGGAGUAUUCCGGGGAACACUGUUGCAGUUCAAGCUGACACACCAUUCGCUGGUCUAACAACCUUUGGGUCAGCAUUCUUAUCAAAAUUUCAGUGCUCUCAAAUGCCUCAUCCUCUACUGGAGCAUGUCACGUUCGUUGAUACUCCUGGGAUACUUUCGGGGGAGAAGCAGAGGGACCAGAGGGCCUAUGAUUUUGCUGGUGUCACUUCAUGGUUUGCUACAAAGUGCGACCUCAUUUUACUUCUUUUCGAUCCACACAAACUCGACAUCAGUGAUGAGUUCAGGCAGGUGAUUUCAUCUUUGCAUGGUCAUGAUGACAAGAUUCGCGUGGUUCUUAACAAAGCUCACCAAGUUGAUACGCAGCAACUGAUGAGGGUCUAUGGAGCUCUAAUGUGGUCACUCGGGAAAGUCUUGAAUACUCCUGAAGUUACACGGGUUUAUAUCGGGUCUUUCAAUAACAGAACAGAGAGCGAAGUAGCUGCUGGGCCCUUAGGGCAAGAACUGUUCAAGAAAGAACAGGAGGACCUUCUCGCUGAUCUUAACGAUAUCCCGAAGAAGUCCAGCGACCAUAAAAUCAAUGAAUUCGUGAAGCGUGCUCGAGCUGCAAAGAUUCAUGCUCACAUAAUAAGCCAUCUAAAGAAGGAGAUGCCUGCAAUGAUGGGCAAGUCUAAGGCUCAAAAGAAACUGAUUGAGAAUCUCGGAGACGAGUUCGUAAAGGUGCAGAAUGAGUUCCACUUACCUCCAGGGGACUUCCCGGAUGUGGAUCACUUUAGGAAUGUACUAAGCGGCCACAACCUUGACAAGUUUGAGAAGUUGAACCGUAAGAUGAUACAGGUGGUGGACGACAUGUUGGCUCACGAUAUCCCCGAGCUCCUAAAAUAUUUCAGGAACCCAUUCGGUUAAUCAUUUCCCGUAAUCGUCUUGUUCCAGGAGGGUGAGCUCAGGUUUCAGCAGGAUAAUAAUUGACAUGUAUAAAUUCAUCUAUCGUUCGUACCGAUAAUCAUUAUAUAUUAUAAUAUUUAUCAUCCUAUAUAUAUACUUAGUAUUGGUAUAGUAUUUAUUUGUAUGUUGCGUUUUACAUUACACUCUUCAUAGACUGAGAAUCACACAUGAAAAGUCUUUAAAAAUGGAGGCUAAUGUAGGC